UCCAACCACAAUACCCUAACUGAUAGAGACUUAUUUCCUCUUAACUGUAAUCUGUUGUACAAUCUAAACGCAUUUAAUUAGGGAAAGCUAUUUGAGAUCCUUUAUAUAUUAUGGGUUUUAGUAUUUACAUCUAAGGCACAACUUGUAUAUCAUAUUUUCUACUCCUAUAAAACUUCUUAAAAAAAAGUCAUUAUUAUUGGUUAAAGAAACAUACUUCCUUCUCUCUUGCUAAAUACUAUUAAUUAUUAUCUUAUCUUUUUAGCAAUUCUUUUUUAAUUCACAAACCUCGCAUUUUGGUCUCACUUUUGUUGUUUCUUUCCUUUCUUGGUGGAACUACACUCACAAAAAGAGAAAGUUUUUGGGUUUUUCUAUUAUUAUAUUUUGGUAACUUAAAGGCUUUAGAAAUUUUGUUAAUUCAACCAUCAUUUCAUAUAAAAAAAAGGUAGGGGAAGCAAAACAAUGGUUGCCCCUUUUGUUAGUUGGCCAUGGGAGAACAUCGCCUCCAAUAAGUAUUUGCUAUAUGGGCCUUUUUUUGCACACGUAGCACAUUUAUGGUGGAAGGGAGAAUCAAUAACAAAUACAUGGAGUUUCCAUAUUAUCUUGUUAUGGGCUCUUAGAAGUUUAAUACAUCAACUUUGGCAUACUUAUUCUAGUAUGCUCUUUCUUAGUUCAAAUCGUCGAAUAAAUCACCAAGGCAUCGAUUUUAAGCAAAUUGAUCACGAGUGGCAUUGGGAUAAUUUCUUAAUCCUUCAAGGUUUAGUUGGAGGUUUGGCGUUGUAUAUGUUCCCAUACUUAACAAAUGAAAAAAGGACAUGGGACACCAAGGGAUUAAUUGCUGUUUGGAUCAUUCACAUGGUGGUUUCAGAACCGUUUUAUUAUGCAAUACACAGGCUUUUUCAUGACCAACCAACACUAUUCAAGUCUUAUCAUUCACUACAUCAUUUAUCUCCUGUACUUCAUCCUUUUACAGCUGGGAAUGCAACAUUUUUAGAGCAUAUCCUAUUGUUGGGAAUCAUGGCAAUUCCAUUAGUAGGAGCAGCUUUAAUGGGAUAUGGUUCCAUAAGCAUGAUUUAUAUUUAUGUUUUGGUAUUUGAUUUCCUAAGAUGCAUGGGUCAUUGCAAUGUAGAAAUCUUCCCACAUCAAAUUUUUGAAGUUUUGCCUUUCCUCAAGUACCUUUUAUACACUCCUACAUAUCACAGCAUACAUCAUACGGAGAAAGACUGUAAUUUCUGCCUAUUUAUGCCACUUUACGACAUACUGGGCAAUACUCUCAAUAGCAACUCUUGGGAGAUGCAGAAACAAAUAAGUCUAAAUGCAGGGAAAAAUGUAAAGGUGCCAGAUUUUGUGUUUUUAGCACAUAUAGUGGACAUAUCAUCAGCAAUGCACGUGCCAUGGUUGUUCCGAGCAUUUGCAGCCUUGCCCUACGCCACCAAAUGGUUCCUCCUACCAGUUUGGCCAGGUACACUCAUUGUAUUGUGUGCGAUGUGGGCAUGGGCUAAGCCUUUCAGUGUCUCCUUCUACAAUCUCCGCAACAAGUUGCAUCAUACUUGGGUUGUUCCUCGGUUUGGCUUCCAGUAUUUCUUGCCAUUUGCAACAAAAGGCAUCAACAAGCAAAUAGAGCAGGCAAUACUAAAGGCAGAUAGAAUGGGUGUCAAGGUCCUUAGCCUUGCUGCCCUUAACAAGAAUGAGGCUUUGAAUGGUGGAGGAACACUUUUUGUUAACAAGCACCCUAAUCUAAAAGUACGAGUUGUUCAUGGCAAUACACUCACAGCUGCUGUAAUUCUCAACGAAAUUCCAGACCAUGUUGGAGAAGUUUUCUUAACUGGCGCAACUUCUAAGCUUGGAAGAGCCAUCGCCCUUUAUCUUUGUCGUAAACAUGUUCGAGUUUUGAUGUUGACUUUGUCAACUGAAAGGUUCCAAAAAAUUCAAAAGGAAGCAGCAGUUGAAUGUCAGAAAUACUUGGUACAAGUCACCAAAUAUCAAGCAGCAAAAAACUGCAAGACAUGGAUAGUAGGGAAAUGGAUCACACCAAGGGAGCAAAGCUGGGCACCAAACGGGACCCAUUUUCAUCAAUUUGUGGUUCCACCUAUCUUACAUUUUAGAAGAGAUUGCACUUAUGGUGAUCUUGCUGCCAUGAAGCUUCCUCAAGAUGUCCAAGGCCUUAAUAGUUGCGAGUACACAAUGGAUAGAGGAGUAGUUCAUGCAUGCCAUGCUGGUGGAGUGGUACAUUCUCUAGAAGGAUGGACACAUCAUGAGGUUGGUGCUAUUGAUGUUGAUAGAAUUGAUGUUGUUUGGAAGGCUGCUAUGAAGCAUGGUUUGAAGCCUGUUUAAAAUUAUUGAAACUAAUGGAAAAAUCCUUAUGUUUCUAUUCAUUCACACAUCCAUUUUUUCUUGGAAAAGUAAUUACUUUUCUAUUAAUUUUCUUUUUUUAAGAAUAUGUUGUUUUAGUAUUCAUUCAUCGAUUGUAUGUAGUAUUUAAAAACAAAAUUAUUAUAUAUAAAAUAGCAUUAUAAAUAUUAAAUUUGAA